AUGGGCGCAACAAGCCAUUUCGUCGUUGAAAAGACGGACCACCCCGGUUCGUCUCAGAAGGAGAUCGAGAAGGAACCAAACUGGGGAUCAGGCCACAACCACCGCAUUGGCUUCAAGAACCGGGACAACCGGGUGCCCGGAUAUAUUGCAGAGGCCAAGGGGAAGUUGAGUGCUUUCCAUCAUCGUGUAGACAACGGCGACCUUGUCAAUUUCGAGGACAUUGUAAACGCGCAAGAGAACCUGAGUUUACGGCAUCCUGAUAACAGAUCCGUUGGCUGGCGAUACGUCCUCGAUAUGACGGAGGACUGGGUCAAAUACGGUCAGAAAUGGCCUGCCAACCUAGAAGCAGAGAAGAAGAAAGAAAUGGAGGAAAACAAGAAGAACGACCCAGAUGCUCAGGCAAAGCGAAAUACUCACCCUACAACACCCCCAGACACACCAGUCGAGAACAGCCAUCUAAAGGGAGAAAGCGACAAAGAUAAACAGAAUCCAGAAGACAAAUACUCUCCUCAAGAGCUUGCACUCCUGCGCGCUCUAAAGCAUGAGAGCGAAUACAUGAAGAAUCUGGAAGCCAACGACGGCAAGCGAGAGUCUCCUCAGAAGAGCCAUAAACAACAAGUGUCCAUCGACGAGGCCGAUCAGUUCACACCCGACAACUGGCUUCCGCGCAGCCAGGAUCUGAUACGCCUAACGGGAAAGCACCCGCUGAAUGCCGAGCCGCACCUAACGAAACUCUUUGACGCAGGACUAGUCACACCAAAUGAGCUACACUAUGUCAGAAAUCAUGGCCCAGUCCCUCGUCUUUUAUGGGAGUUUCAUGAGGUAGACGUGGAGCAUGGUGCGCUGGUUCUCUCGAUGGAUCAACUCAAGAACGAUUUCGAAGCCAUCAAUAUCCCAGUAUUUCUGGCUUGCGACGGCAUGCGUCGAAAAGAGCUCAACCUCAUCCGCCAGUCCAAGGGUUUCAACUGGGGCUCAGGAGCAGGGAGCUGUGCAUACUGGAAGGGCCCUCAUCUUCGGGAUAUCCUCCUCGCGGCUGGCGUCCCUGAGCAACUGAAAGAAGGUCAACGCUAUUGGGUCAACUUUGAGGGGGCGGACGAGCUGAGCGAGGGAAAGUACGCAACCAGUAUACCGUUUGAUUACGCCAUGGACGCGAUGAACGACGUGAUUCUGGCAUAUGAGAUGAACGACGUUCCUCUGCCGCCCGAUCAUGGCUAUCCUGUAAGAGUCAUCAUUCCAGGCUACGUCGGGGGUCGAAAUGUCAAGUGGUUGAAACGCAUCUGGAUCAGUGAGAAGGAAAACGACUCCCAUUACCACAUCUGGGAUAACAGAGUACUACCGUCGUUCAUCACAGACAUGGAGAGCGAGUUGGCCGAGACCAUGUUCCGACACCCUAGCACGGCAUGCAACGAGCAGAACCUCAACUCGGUUAUUGUGCGGCCUGAACAAGGCGAGAGGAUCAGCCUCGCAGAUGCACACAAGCACAAAACCUAUCAGAUUCAGGGCUACGCCUACGAUGGCGGCGGUCACGAGGUCCAGAAAGUCGAGGUGUCCCUCGACAAUGGCGAGAACUGGCUCUACUGCAUCCGCGAGUUUCCCGAGGCGCCCAUCCGCCACGGCAAAAAGUUUUGGACUUGGCUGCACUGGCACGUUGACGUCCCCAUCUCGCAUCUCAUCCAGGCGCGCGACAUCAAGGUGCGGUGCUUCAACGUCUUCAAGAACUCGCAGCCUAAGAAGCCAGCUUGGAACCUGAUGGGCAUGAUGAACAACUGUUGGUACACCGUCAAGUCUGAGAUAGUCGAUGACGCUAAAACCGACGAUACGUAUGUGCUUUUCAGACACCCCACAGAGCCGGGCACGGGCAACGGUGGGUGGAUGAAGCCAAGUGUGGUGAAUCAGGUUGAGGCGGCGAAGAGGGAUUCCGGGACGCCUCAGAAGCAGUUCACGAGAGAGGAGAUUGAGAAACAUGACAAGGAGGAUGACUGCUGGAUCGUGGUGGAUGGCAAGGUGUAUGACGCGACGUCGGUCAUGGCGUGGCAUCCCGGUGGAAAGGCGCCGAUGAUGGCGCAUGCGGGCAGAGUACACCAGGAGACGACGGAGGAGUUUGACAGCAUUCACGAUGGUCUCGCAUUCGAGAAGCUACAGCAAUGUCUUCUUGGUGUUGUUACGGACAAGGCCAGAAACUUCAUCAAGAAGAACGCCGAGAAGCAGGCCGCCGAAAAAGCCAUGGGCAAUGGCAAUGAGAAGCGCGCGUUGCAGAAGCAUCAAUGGAUUCCUACCAAACUGAUCGACAGAAAAGCCCUAUCCGACGACACCUUCUCGUACACCUUCCAGCUCCCGGAUCACCAAGCCGUGCUCGGCCUCGGGACCUGCCAGCACGUCUUCAUCGGCUUCCACCUCCGCGACAAGAUGCUUGUCCGUUCUUAUACACCCACGCGACCCAUCAUGCCAGCCCCCAAGGACGCGCCCAGCGAGGUAACCGCGGAUGGGGGGAAGGUAAAUCACACACAUGGCCCCAAAGACGGCGACGGCACUUUCGAGCUCGUUGUGAAGACGUACUUCCCUGAUGAGAGACAGCCAGGUGGCGCCAUGUCCAACAUCCUGCACAAGAUGCCCGUCGGCGGCGAGGUCGAGAUCCGUGGGCCCACAGGUGAGAUCACGUACGAGGGCAACGGCAAGUUCAUCAUUGACGGCGAGGAGCGCAUGUACAAGCACGUCUCGCUCGUGCUUGGCGGCUCGGGGGUGACACCCGGGUACUCGCUCAUUGCAAGGAUCGUGGCGGCCGGCGACGACAAGACAGAGGUGCGAGUUGUGGACGCGAACAAGACCGAGAAGGACAUUCUGCUUCGGGACGAGCUUGAUGGAUUCGCAGAGAAGAGCGUGGGACGGUUGAAGAUUACGCAUGUGUUGAGUCAUCCGGACGACGGCUGGGACGGCCGGAGGGGCCACGUCGACGAGGAGAUCUUGAAGGAGAGCCUCUUCCCGCCUUCUGGCGACAGCGUCGUCUUCCUCUGCGGGCCGCCGACAAUGAUCAAAGUGGCGGUUUUGCCGGCUUUGAAAGAUUGGGGCUACGAAGAGGACAAGAACGUGUUUGGUUUCUGA